CCCCUCCUCCUCUCUCCCAAAAUCUCUCCCGUCUCUGUUAAACAGGAUGCUGCUACUUCGUUUGCGGUGCCAACAGCUGAGGUCUGCUUCCUGAGUUUCCCUCCAGCCUAAGAGAGUUACAGGAACAGAAAGGAAGUGUGUGUUUGUGCGAAGGCAAGGGACAGUGUGUAAUGUUCAUUUGUGAGAGAGAGCAAAAGAAAAGAAAAGAGAGAGACUCUGGAAUGCUGUGAUGUCAGCAGCUAAGUCACACACAAAGGCAAGAAGCGCUCACUCUCCCUCUUACUAAAGACUGCCGUGGAGCGUCCGCACCCAGCUCGUGUCCAGUUGAUGGCUGCUGAUCAGUGAUGAGAGCGUGUGUGUGGUAAACGGACCGAGCCGGGCUUCAUCAUCUUUACCACAGUCAUCCUCAUUCUGAAGGACGGUUGCUGAAUCCUCAGGAUCUAUUCAGGCGCACCACACACACGGCCAUGCUGCAGCAGAUCUUGAAUGACAUGUACAUCGACCCGGAUGUGCUGGAUGCACUGAAUGACGACCAGAAGAAGACGCUCUUCCUGAAGAUGCGUGAAGAACAGGUGCGCCGCUGGAAAGAGCGUGAGGAGAAGCUGGAGAGAGAACCACUCAAACCCAAACCAAAGACAGCUAAUAGCAAGAGUGUCAGUUGGCUGCUGGGACGAGAUGGAGACGUACAGGUCAUUGUCAUCGGAGAGAUGGAUGAACUCAAAUCCUCCAAGAUCAUCUAUUCAGGGUUUGGAGAGAGAAAAACAGCCAGCGUCCUCAACAAUUCACACAACCAGCCCGGCACUUUGAAGAGCAACUUGACAAACCGAACAUCAGCAGAACCUGUACGAUCAGGACGAGAAAACCUUCCUCCUAAAGCACAUUCAGGAGUUCAGCUUAACUUUAAGGACAACAGUGACAAAGAGUUAAGGACUCUGCCGCCUCCACAGAUGCCAGUAAAUGAAGAAAAGCCAUCAGCACCUUUAGAUAAUGUAUCCCAUCAGCCUCAGGAGUCCAGAGAGGAGGCUGAGUCAGGACACUCGGAGGAUGACUCAGCACUUUCGUCCUCAAUUUGCUAUCGGGCUCACACGAGAUCUUGCCUCCUGACACCCUCGGCUCUCAGCAGACCUGCCUAUACAGAUACGGAGGACAAGACGACCAAUCAGCAACCUGACACCUCCAGACUCCAUCCCCAAGACACCCCCAAACCACAGAUCAACAGAGGUGAUUUCCGAGUGGUUGCCGCCUCUAAACGGGCCUUAUCUGUGGACGUGGGACCCGAGGUAGCUCAGGAGAACUGUUUGGGACGAGGACGGGUUGCUCAGCUCAUGAAAACUUUCAGUGUGUCCAGUGAGUCUCCGCCCUCCCAAAUGCCACCCCGUGCCAACAAACCUCCAAUCCCGGAAAAGCCUAACCACUUGAGACUCCGCCCCUCACCCUCACUCAGGUAAUCAACAAGGGACCAACCCCUGCGCUGCAAUCAGGACACCUAGCCAGGGGUCUUUGUCAUUGGCUACAUUGAAGGGUGUGGGUGCUUAGCCUCUCUCAGGAAUUUGAAUAUUUUAGUUGCCAAAUUAAUGCAAGGUCAUGCUUUUUUUUUUUUUUCAAUAUUGAUGUUUUUGUUUAUUUUUAUUUUUUACGUGGCAUGAGUGAUUUGUAUGAAUUUUCAGCAGGAAUGAAACACCACAAGCAUUCAGCAAUAAUGUUGACCUGGCUGUAUUACUAAACAUAUUUACAAGUGCCUUUCUGUUUAAAUGGGUCACAUGAAAUCUUGAUUAACAGUAGAAGAUUGAAUCAACUCCAAAAAAAAAAAAAAAUCAUGCUAAACCAAAGUUAGUCAUUCCUUCUGUUAUAUACUUAACAUUUUGUAUGAAGGCUGUCAUGUUUUAGUGAGGAAAAAGUCAGAUGUCUGUAUAAGUGGUCAAAUGAUAUCAGUUUUUUGUUGGUUUUCUUGGCCAAAGCAAUAUCAGAGGGUGGGGUGGCUAAUAUGAUGCCCAUAUUUACUGUAAAUUACAAUUUAAUUAUAGCAAUGAAGACGCACAGAGUUUCUGAAUUAAAACGAAUAUACAUUUUACACAAUAUUUACUCAAUUCACUAAAAAUACUAGAAAAUUCACUGACAAAGUUACAUUUUGGAACUGAUACUAUGCAAAACAGUGCCAAAUAUUGGCUAAUAAAUCAGCCUGGCUGAUAUAUUGGUCUAUCAAUACUCUUGUUUUUUAUGUUUUAGUUGUUGUUGUUGUUGUUUUUGUUUUAUCCUAGUCAGACCUUUAUUUGGAGGUUGAUGGUCUUAUAAUUACAUUUUCCGUCUUUGGUAAUCAGGUCAGUAGGUCAUGUAAAUUGUUUUCUCACAGUCACAUUUGCUUGCACUUAAUUCUGUUUUUUUUUUUUUACAUGUGAUCUGGAAGAGUUUAUAUAAUUACUCUGCGUAAGGCUUGAAUGUCCUGUCCACACAUUCAGGAUAAGUGUGGGAUAUUGCCUCUGUAAUAAAAUGAUCAAACCCUC